CAAAUGACUCAAAUGCUUUGUUUCCUUUCCAGAGUUAAAAGCAGCAGGAUUUAUCAUGCAUUGCUAAUUGGUCAGAAAAACCAGAGAAUUAAAACCGCCUGUUUGUUUUCAGAUUCAUGAACACCCGAGUUCCCGCCAAUAAGAGAUACCAACCGACGGAGUUUGAGCAUGCGGCAAACUGCGCGACCCACGCGCUCUGGAUAAUUCCCAGCAUCCUUGGCAGCUCCAUUUUAUACUUCCAGUCUGACGACCAAUGGGAGACGAUCUCUGCGUGGAUCUAUGGUUUGGGAUUAUGUGGUCUCUUCAUUGUCUCAACCGUGUUUCACACCAUCUCCUGGAAGAAGAGCCACCUCCGAGGGGUGGAGCACUGCUUCCAUAUGUGCGACAGAAUGGUGAUCUACUUCUUUAUAGCUGCAUCUUACACCCCCUGGCUGAAUUUAAGAGAGUUGGGGCCCUGGGCUUCUCACAUGCGUUGGAUCAUCUGGAUAAUGGCUUGUGUUGGAACAGCUUAUGUGUUUUUUUUCCACGAAAGGUACAAGAUCGUCGAGUUAAUAUGCUACGUGGUCAUGGGUGUCUUCCCUGCCCUUGUCAUUCUCUCUAUGGCUGAGAGAGACGGCUUGUUUGAGCUGAUCCUGGGGGGCAUGUUCUAUUGCCUGGGUACGGUGUUCUUCAAGAGCGACGGCCGCAUCCCCUUCGCCCACGCCAUCUGGCACCUCUUCGUGGCGACUGGAGCCGGGAUCCAUUACUAUGCCAUCUGGAAGUACCUGUACACACAGGCCAGUGGUGAAGUGAAGACCCUGAGAUAGCAGCAGUGUGACUGUGCGGCACGCGAAUACACAGAGAUUGUGAUAUGCACAGCGAGUUGAGCGAGGUUCCUUUCUGUUCACAUUCAUCACCGUGUUUUUUUAAAGAUUUUUCUAUUGGACAAUGACUUUCCUAACUGGGUUCUCUGUGGGUAUUUAAAAGCCCUGCAAAAAACAAUUAAAAAAAAAACAAUCCACCAACCUAGCCUUAUGACGAAAGUCAUCAUGUACUGAACUUCAAAGGGACCCAAGUUAGUGCAAACAGCCUUUAAGGAAAUGUAAUAUGCAGUACGACUGGUGCAUUUUGAGUAUAUGUUCAGGAUUUUUAUUGUUUUUAUUAUACUACAUUCAUAAGGGAAAGUCUUCAGAAAGCUUAGAAGAACUCCAAAUCUGCUUUGUGUUUUUUUUCUUUUUCUUUUUCUGUCUAGGCUGCAAGAGUUCCAGGAUCAGUGAUGCCUAUUCACUGCACACAGGUUUCUGUUCAUUAGACACACGCGUUACAUCUUCAAAACUGAACUGGCUCUUAAACCGUAAAGUUUUAUUCCAGUUUGGCACACAGCUAGUGUGAAAGGUUCUUAAGCUUAUUGGUAGUGGGCUUCCCCUUGUGGCAGUUAUAGGCAUCACUGCUCUCCUCACGUCCUGGGAGUUCAACCACAAGAAGCCUUUUUAAAUGUUGAACUCCACUCUGGAUGAAUGCUUGGUCUGAUCUCAAAGUACAUGUAGCUAAUGUUGGCUAUAGGAACAAACAAAAGCAGACAAAAAAGCAAUACUAUCUGCAGGAGUGGCUUAUAUUCAACAUGUUUUUUUUUUCUAAUUUGACCCUGUAUACAGUGCACAGCUGUGCGCUCAAUAAGAAAGUAUAUGUUGUCCUUUCUUUAUGCCCAGUUUAAAAUGGACCAGUACGUCUAACACCUUCAAGUUUAUUCUGGUAAUUAAAAUCUACCAAAACUAUAGGGUACUUUUUUUACCCGUGAGAAAUAUAUUUCUGUUUUUAUAGUAUUUCUUGUCAAACAGGUAAAAACAAUCACGAAGAGUUUCGUUUUCUUAUUUUGACUAGCUUGAUGGGAUUCGUAUGGAUGGUGUUAAUGAAACACAUAACCUUUUCUCCAUGCUAACUGAAAGAAGUUUCAGUUCUGUGUCCCUGCAUCCAGUGGCACUGGAACCAUUUUUAAAGUGGGGGUGCUGAAAGCCAUUAAACAAAACUGUAACCCCUGUAUAUGAUGGAAGCCAUGCAAAGCCAGGGGGUGCUACAGCACCCCCAGCACCCCUAGUUCCAGCGCCCCUGCCUUCACCUUUGGAGAAGGGUUGAUGUGUCUGAGAAGAUAUCUGUACUGUAAACAACAAACACGAUGCUGCGCAAGAGACACUAACGUGUUCUUGUGUGAAAAGAUAAGGGUUUUGUGACAUAAGGGAGGUACAGUAUGGUUAUCUCUUUUGUCUUAGGAUUCAGUUACCUUUGGACUAACUGCUGACAAUAAUGUAAUUGGCUAUUCCCUGAACGUUUGCAUUUAGUCAUAAAAUCACCAGGAUGGGGAGAUCCCCUUAUAUUAUUGCACAGUGUUUUUUGCAGUUUUACAACGCAUUUCCCAUGGUUUUACUAUGCAUUUACCAUAGUCAAACCUGGAUUUUUAU